UUUAAUUUACCCUACAACUAUGACAAUGUUCAAAUUAAUUUGUCUUCUAAUUCCAUUUGUUGUACUUUCAAAUGCACUGGAUCGGAAAGUCACUGUUUUUUCAGGGUAUAUAAUGCAAGGUAGAAAUUCCAGUGGCUUAAUAGUACGAACACACGAUGACUAUCAAGAAAUUAUAUGGGGACAAAAAUUUGAUAAUUUAAAAGUUCAUUAUCACCAGAUUAACGAAAAAACUGGCAAAUUGGAAUACGUUGAGCUUGCUAAUUUAUGUGCUUCUUUAGAAAGAGGGUCUUUCAAAAAUUCUUUAAAGCAGUUUAUUUUAAGUGAAUUGCAAACUGGUUGGAGUCUUUGGAGAUGUGCAAUACAAAAGGGUACCAAAAAAAUUUCCUAUCCAAUAAGUUUUUCAUUUCAAACAAAAUCUCUAAGUAUGGAUUGUGGACCAAUUGUCACAACAAUAAAUAUUGUUCAAAAUAAUCGUGAUAGUUCUGGCAAAACACCAUUGCUACUGAGUAUCUUGUUUAGAGGAAUGAUAACUGGCAACAAUUGUAAAAAAUAAUGUAAUAUUUAAAAAAAGUUGAAUAAAAAAAUAUUAACAUUAAUAUUAA